AUGUUCUUUUUCCUCUUUGAGCGUUAUAUUUAUAGAGGAAACUGGACCGAUAUCAAUCCAGAUGCUUCAAACAUUACUCAAAAUGUGUCGAGCAAAUUCAGAUUACAACUAGAGUCAAAUCAAAACAUUAAAAAUCGAAAAGCUUGGGAAGCAACUGUCUAUUUGCAUAGUGCAAAUAGAUUAGUUUUGGUUCGUGACUUCCAUUUAUAUGGUAUUUCAGCAAAGAACGACACAGAUUUUUUUCUGAUCACCUUUCCAAGGGCAACAGUACUAAUUGACAAAGUAAUUGCAAUCAUAAAUGCUGCAGCAUCAGAAAAUAACGUUACAGAUCCAGAAGAUUUAGAUGGAAUCGCAAAAGCAGUUAAUAAAAAGUACAAUAGCUCACUUCCUUUGUUAUCACUUGCAACAUUACGAUUUCACAAUGUUGAUGAUUUCAAUACCGGUCGUGUAUUUGAUCUAACUACAGGUGUUAACGGUACAUUUGAUUAUGAGCGUCUUAAUGUCAAUUUUUCUGUUUCAAUGAUCAAUUAUCCUAUGUUCAUUAAAGAAGGCAAGAAGUUUGGUGUACUUGUUGGCUUCAUUGUUGUUAUUAAUUUCAUUGCAUGGCGAAGUUUAUACAGAAACUGUCAUUCCUCAACAUCACUGAAUCAUUUAUCAUUAUGUAGUUACAUCAUGCAUAUCAGUUUUGACUUCUCAUUCUCUCUUUUCUUUAUUGAUUUAUCUAUAGCAGCAAUUGAGUUUGUUGUUCUAUUUUCGUUCUUAUUUUUAUGUACUACUACGAUCUUUACAUGGAAUAUGGAGCUUAUUGCCAAUAUUUGGCGUGCUCAUAACCCGGAUGCAGAUGAUUUGAAUGCAGAUGGUCUUAGAUUGACAUUUUUACAUUUCUUUGUUGAAAUAUCCACUCUUAUGUUCAUGUACAGUUUUGCUACGUCAGUUGUAUUUGAUUUUCCUGUUUUUUCUUUAAUUUUUAUUUAUUCUUUCUUUGUUCCACAGAUUAUUCAUUCAUGCCGCUCUCCAGGUCGAAAGAAAGGUGAUGAAGUAUUUAAUCUUUUAGUUAGUAUUCAAAGAUUAGUCCCUUUUUGGUAUUUGACACUUUACAAGGCAAAUAUUCAUGAAACGAGGUCAUAUUUACUUGGAUUUUCAAUAACAGCUUAUGUUUUUAUUCAACUUUUGAUUGUUUACUUACAAAACAAAAUUGGAGGAGUUUUCUUUUUACCUGAUAGAUUCAAACCAAAGGAAUUUGAUUAUUCAUCAACAAAACCUCCACAAGGAAGUGAAUGCGCAAUCUGUAUGUGCCCUAUUUUGGAUGACGAAGAAUCUGUUGUCACUCCUUGUAAUCACCCGUUCCAUAAAGAAUGUUUGACCAGAUGGCUCGAAGAAGAUAUGGUUUGCCCUAUUUGUAGAGCUUCUUUACCUCCUUUGUCAUAA